UGAUUUCUACGCGGGAUGAAAAAGAUGUGUCUGUAUAAAGCCUAACGUCCUCUUCAUGGAUAGUAGUUUGCCUCCGAAAUGUGUGGGAGUAAGAGUAGUACAGAGAAACAGUAAGGGAAUGAAAGAGAGAGAGUGAGAGAGAGAAAGAAAAGGAACCCGGUCUUUCAGUCCUUCAAAGCAUUUAACGCGAUUCUCUCAGUCGAAGACAGCAAUCGAAAGUGUGAGCUCGAGUUAUGUAUCGUUGAUUUCGUUAUCGCAAUCUAAACGUCGCGUGACGAUUAUUUAAAAGGGUCAAACAAGUAAAGUCGACGAUUUUCUUCGUGAUUACAUUGAUCUGCCAUUUCGAAAAUGCAGAUCAAAAGAAUCGGAUGGUGCCUGAUCUGGAGCAUUUUUUUGACCUACCACGUGGUCAGUGAGAACACGGACUCAUCGGAAUCAAAUGAUAUUCUACUUUUCACUGUUGCCUCAAAUGAAACCGAUGGUUUCAAAAGAUAUAUUCGGUCUACGGAGGUCUACGGAUUUCGUGACCGCGUGCGGGUUCUUGGUUUAGGAAAAGAAUGGAGAGGGGGUAAUGUCAAAACCAGUCGAGGUGGUGGAUAUAAAAUAAAUCUCUUCAAAGAUGCAUUAAAGAAAUAUGAAGAUGAUAAGGAGAGAAUCGUUAUCUUUACGGACAGUUAUGACGUUAUAUUCCUAACUCCGCUUUCCGAAAUCAUCGAGAAAUUUAAGGAAACCGAAGCACGAGUACUUUUCUCAGCGGAGGGUUCCUGUUGGCCAGAUCGGAAUUUAGCUUCAAAAUAUCCACACGUAACAGGAGGAAAGCGUUAUUUAAACUCCGGUGGUUUUAUGGGCUACGUCUCCGACAUUUUUGCCAUUUUAAAUACUGCCACGCUCGAAGACCACGAAGACGAUCAAUUAUUUUAUACGAACGUUUAUCUUGAUGAAGAUUUGAGAGAAAAGCACAAGAUUAAACUCGAUCAUAAAUCCGAAAUAUUCCAAAAUCUUUAUGGUGCAGUAGCCGACGUCGAAUUGAUAUUCAAGGGACAAGAAGCAUAUCUUCAAAACACGGUUUACAAUACGAUACCUUUGAUAGUACACGGUAAUGGUUACAGUAAGCUAGCCCUAAACUCUUUAGGAAAUUAUUUGGCACGCGCCUGGAGUCCUGAGGAAGGAUGUUUGAAUUGUUGGGACGAUGUGAUCGAAUUGGAUGUUAAAAAACCUGAUACAUUUCCGAUUAUUUUGGUCGCAUUGUUCGUAGAUAUACCAGUACCAUUUUUAGAAGAAUUUUUAUUAUCCGUUUAUCGACAGACCUAUCCAAAAUCUAAACUGCAUCUUUUCAUUCACAACAAUGUUCCAUAUCACGAGCAGACAAUACAAGAGUUCAUCGAUACUAUUGGAGAAGAAUAUUUGAGCGUCAAACAAAUUUUUCCGAGCGAUGAUAUAGAUGAAGUCCAUGCGAGAAAUUUAGCAAUGGAUUACUGCUUGUUGAAAGACUGUACUGGAUACUUUUCGGUCGAUGCUAUUGCCCAUCUUGACAAUGAACAUGCCUUGAAAUUGUUAGUUGAACAACAAAGAAAUAUCGUCGCUCCUUUGCUUGUUAGACCAUACAAAGCAUGGAGUAAUUUUUGGGGUGCCAUUACGGACGAUGGAUUCUAUGCUCGCAGCUUCGAUUAUAUGGAAAUUGUCAAGAAUGAACGCAGGGGUUUAUGGAAUGUACCAUUCAUUAGUAAUUGUUAUUUGGUCAAUGCCACACUCAUAAAGAACAAGGCAACACGUCCUUCCUAUUCGGUCGACGAUUUGGAUCCAGACAUGGCUUUUGCAUAUGUCAACAGAGAACGUUAUAUUCACAUGUAUGUUAGUAACAGAUUAGAUUUUGGACAUCUGGUUGAUCCGGAUACCUACAAUAUCAAAUUAACGCAUCCAGAUUUCUAUCAAAUAUUGGAUAAUAAGUUCGAUUGGGAGAAAAGAUACAUACACGAAAAUUAUAGUCUGAACUUUGAUCCGAAUCAUAAACCCCAACAGCCGUGUCCAGAUGUUUAUUGGUUCCCUAUUGCCAAUCAACGAUUUACUAAAGAAUUGAUCAAUGUCGUAGAAACGUAUGGUCAUUGGUCCGAUGGUACUAAUCAUGAUCCAAGAUUAUCAGGUGGUUAUGAGAAUGUACCAACUCGCGAUAUUCACAUGAAUCAAAUUAAUUUUGAACCACAAUGGUUGUACUUUUUAAAGGAGUAUGUUAGACCUCUACAGGAAUUAGUAUUCACGGGAUAUUAUCAUGAUCCACCACGCGCCAUAAUGAAUUUCGUUGUUCGAUAUCGACCAGAUGAACAACCAUCGUUAAGGCCGCAUCAUGAUAGUUCGACGUACACAAUUAAUAUCGCUCUUAACGAAGUUGGAGUCGACUAUGAAGGCGGUGGAUGUAGAUUUAUCCGAUAUAAUUGUUCGGUUACCGAUACGAAACCCGGAUGGAUGUUGAUGCAUCCUGGAAGACUGACACAUUAUCAUGAAGGAUUGAAAGUGACCAAGGGUACUCGUUAUAUAAUGAUUUCUUUUGUUGAUCCAUGAUAAGUUUAAAAGAAGAAAACUAAGUUCCGUUUAGGUUCGUGUAAGUAUAUCAAUUAAAUGUGUUCUUUUAAUGUUGAAUGGACGAUAUAAAAUGAUAUAAGAUCGUCCAUGUAUUAUUUUUAUAAUGUGUUGUAACAUAAUUGUAAAUGCACAUACUUCAUUCAUGAUAAUAAUGUUGACUGAAUGUUUAUACAGAUUAAUGCAAAUCGUAAAUACAACAUUGUAAUAUAUAAUACUAAA